AUGAUCCGGGAGCUGACUUUCAGAGCGGCAGUGGCGACAACGACAAUUUCUAGCGACGGCACGGUCGAUGACAUUGGUUCCAGACAAGAGUACAUCUACUUGCCAAAUCUGACCUUUGUCAACCAAAGCGUCUCGCAGAAAGUUAGUGCGUCCAUGUCAUAUUCCGUUCCGGUCUACCAUUCCGAUUUCGGCUGGCUCGGAGGCGCCUUCGCGGUCAUCGGGCUUGCCUUCUAUGCUGUGCUGCCGAAUCUCUUUGGCUGGUGGCGGCUAGCCCAGUCGGUCAGCAUGAGCCCGCUCGAGAUCGCCAAGGCGUUCGAUGCUCCUCUUUUGCGGAACGUGGACUCCAAUGGAACCGCAUCGGACAUCGUACGGAGCGUUGGCAAGCAAGAGGUUCAGUACGGUGCUUCAAGCGAGCUCAACGGCCCACCGGAUCCCGACUCGCAAGAAUACCCGAAGCUCAAGCCCGCCGUCAGCUACAAAGAAGACCAGGAGGGUAUGCUGUUGAGAAGGAGGCUGCGGUUCGGGCGGCAAGGCACCAUUGAUCAGCCACGAGAAGGAGAGGUUUUCGGCAUCCGCGCAGGAAACGUCGGCUGCUGA